AUGUCAGACACAGUGGUGGCCGGCACUGAUGAUGACGUGUUGAUUGAGAUUCUGGCAUCCAGGACCCAGGAACAAAUUAAAGAGAUCAUCAAAGUGUACAAAAAAGAGUUUGGCAGCAAACUGGAGAAAGAUAUCUGCGGUGACACCUCAGGACACUAUCAGAGACUCCUGGUGAUCCUGCUGCAGGGGAGCCGGGAGGACGGAGUCGAUGAGGGCAAGAUCGAAAAAGAUGCAAAGGAUCUGUAUGCUGCCGGCGAGGGCAAGUUUGGGACAGACGAAGACAAAUUCAUCUCAAUUCUUGGCAACAGGAGCAUAGAACAUCUCAAGAAGGUGAGCGUACAAGUGUUCGAUGCCUACAGGAAGAUCUGUGGUUCUGACAUAGAGGAUAGCAUUAAAGGCGAGACCACUGGGAAUUUGGAGAACCUGCUCAUUGCUGUUGUGAAGUGUGUCAGGAGUGUUCCAGCGUUUUUUGCUGAAGCUCUGUAUAACUCUAUGAGGCGGGCUGGAACUGAUGACGACACCCUGAUGAGGAUAAUGAUUUCAAGGAGUGAGGUGGACAUGUUAGACAUCAGAGCCAACUUCAAAAAGAUGUAUGGAGCAUCUCUUUACACCACGAUCCAGGAGGACACCACCGGAGACUAUCAGAAGGCUUUGCUGUACCUGUGUGGUGGAAAUGAUUAAUACGGUGUUGUUGGACGCUGAAUGAUGAGCUGCCGUGAUGCUGCAAAACAAAGCUCCGUGUGAGAUAAGGCUAUUGAGCCACAGUUAUUAAUUACUUCUUCUUUGUGAUGAUUCAAUUGGCGUGAAUUACAAGCUUGACUGUUUUCUGCUACAUGAGUCGAUUUACAUUAUAAUGUAUUAAUUCUGAUGGAUUUUCCUUGAUGUCAGACACAGUGUAAAUACAGUCAUCACACUAUUGAGUUGAAUCUUGUUUUAAAUAUAUGUUAUUCCUCUUUGAGCAUAUAUUUGAAGGUAUGUUUGCACAGAGUGUUUGUCUUAUUAUUCAUUAUUAAAUGCAGCAACGUUGCUUUUUGAAUUAUUAAACCUCUCAUGUGCACAGUG